GAAUUGCUUGCGCUUGUGAGAGGAAGCUCCGUAACACGGCUUAACCCAUAGCAAGCAAACCUCGAUCUCGACCGAACCGAAACCGAAUCCGAAUCUUCCUCCAACGGCAGCCAUGCGUGAGUGCAUUUCUAUUCACGUCGGACAGGCUGGCGUCCAGAUCGGCAACGCCUGCUGGGAGCUGUACUGCCUAGAGCAUGGCAUCCAGCCGGACGGUCAGAUGCCUUCCGACAAAACAGUCGGCGGUGGGGACGACAGCUUUAACACGUUCUUCAGUGAAACCGGCGCCGGCAAGCAUGUUCCACGAGCUGUUUUCGUCGACUUGGAGCCAACUGUGGUGGAUGAAGUUCGGUCGGGGACCUACCGCCAGCUGUUCCACCCCGAACAACUGAUAACCGGCAAGGAGGACGCUGCGAACAACUACGCCCGUGGACAUUACACCAUUGGCAAGGAGAUUGUCGACCUCGUGCUAGACCGGAUCAGGAAGCUGGCUGACCAGUGUACCGGUCUGCAGGGCUUCCUGAUCUUCCACUGCUUCGGCGGAGGCACUGGCUCUGGCUUUACGUCACUGCUGAUGGAGCGCCUUAGCGUCGACUACGGCAAGAAGUCCAAGCUGGAGUUCGCCGUGUACCCGGCGCCGCAGAUUGCGACGGCCGUGGUCGAACCCUACAACUCGAUCCUGACCACGCACACCACGCUGGAGCACUCGGACUGCGCCUUCAUGGUCGACAACGAGGCCAUCUACGACAUCUGCCGCCGCAACCUGGACAUCGAGCGGCCAACCUACACCAACCUGAACCGACUGAUCAGCCAGAUCGUGUCCUCAAUUACCGCCUCGCUCCGCUUCGACGGCGCUCUCAACGUCGACCUGACCGAGUUCCAGACCAACCUGGUGCCGUACCCACGCAUCCACUUCCCGCUGGCCACUUAUGCACCGGUCAUCUCGGCUGAGAAGGCCUACCACGAGCAGCUGUCGGUUGCCGAAAUCACCAACGCCUGCUUCGAACCGGCUAACCAGAUGGUGAAAUGCGAUCCCCGCCACGGAAAGUACAUGGCCUGCUGCAUGCUUUACCGCGGUGAUGUCGUUCCCAAGGACGUCAACGCUGCCAUCGCCACCAUCAAGACCAAGCGGACCAUCCAGUUCGUCGACUGGUGCCCCACCGGCUUCAAGGUGGGCAUCAACUACCAGCCGCCGACGGUCGUGCCUGGCGGCGAUCUGGCCAAGGUGCAGCGCGCCGUCUGCAUGCUCUCCAACACCACUGCCAUCGCCGAGGCCUGGGCCAGGCUGGACCACAAGUUCGACCUGAUGUAUGCUAAGCGUGCCUUUGUCCACUGGUACGUCGGAGAGGGCAUGGAGGAAGGAGAAUUUUCUGAGGCUCGGGAGGAUUUGGCUGCUUUGGAGAAAGAUUUCGAGGAGGUCGGUAUCGAUUCGGUCGAGGGAGAGGGAGAAGAAAACGAGGAUUAUUAGAUCCAGAAAUCCCCAGUGAAUGCAUAUAAAAACAACUAGUCAUACCACCAUCAUACCAACAACUCUAUUUCAGGAAGCAAAAAGAUUCCUUCAGUUUCUUAAGACUGGUUUGAAGAGACAUUAGAAAUGUGGAUGUUAAAACUAAUAGAGCGAUAACCACCAUUCAGCCCUCACGUUCUCGACGUAGCCAAACACAACAUAACUUUUGGUCGCAUGUUCCUUUUCAAAUAAGAUGGAAGUGGCCUGUGCUGAAGUCUAUCGUGCUUUCAGUUGCGUAGUGAAGCCACAAAACAGCUUAGAUGGUGCUGGAGUGCAAAUAAGUUUUAACAUGCUCAUUACUAACCACGUUUCUUAAACAAGUCUUAAGGAACCGGACAAAUCUAAUUCUGUUCUUGAAACAACCCAGAGUGAACACAAUCAGAGCUCGGUUAAUUUAUAUGCAUGUUCUUGAGGACUUCGUUCGAAAUACCACUCGAGAGCAGGAGAGAGGAUGGUCUGUAGCCUAACCGGACGACCAGAGCUUCGUGCCUCCAUCUAACACACGCAGAUUGCUGGUGCUAGCGGGACCAUGUCGCGCAACUCCAGCAUCGUGUGUGUGAACCUUGGCUGCACAUCGAUGACAAAACUAAAUGGUUUACGGCGAAUACUAAUAAAACAAAUUGACCGCCAA